CCCGGAACCUUGGUGCGAGCUGAGCUUGCUGCAGCCCGGAGGCUCUGGAGCGGUGGCCCGUCAGCUCGCCUGCCCGACGCCGGAAGUGAGCCUUUUCGAGGCGCCACCGGGAGUUGCCACGUCUGAUACUCCAAGUCGCCGUCGCCGCCGCCGCCGCUAUGGUGUCUGUAAUUAACACCGUGGACACCUCCCAUGAGGACAUGAUUCACGAUGCCCAGAUGGAUUACUAUGGCACUCGCCUGGCCACCUGCUCCUCAGACAGGUCCGUCAAAAUCUUCGAUGUGCGCAAUGGAGGGCAGAUCCUCAUUGCUGACCUCAGGGGUCAUGAGGGUCCUGUGUGGCAGGUGGCCUGGGCCCACCCCAUGUAUGGCAGUAUCCUGGCAUCGUGUUCCUAUGACCGGAAAGUCAUCAUCUGGAAAGAGGAGAAUGGCACCUGGGAGAAGACCCAUGAGCACUCAGGGCAUGACUCCUCAGUAAACUCUGUGUGCUGGGCCCCCCAUGACUAUGGCCUGAUCCUGGCCUGUGGGAGCUCGGAUGGGGCCAUCUCCCUGCUUACCUACACGGGUGAAGGCCAGUGGGAAGUGAAGAAGAUCAACAAUGCUCACACUAUCGGCUGCAACGCCGUUAGCUGGGCCCCUGCUGUUGUACCCGGAAGCCUCAUAGACCAGCCAUCAGGGCAGAAACCCAACUACAUCAAGAAGUUUGCUUCUGGCGGCUGUGACAACCUCAUCAAACUAUGGAAGGAGGAUGAGGAUGGCCAGUGGAAGGAGGACCAGAAGCUGGAGGGACACAGUGACUGGGUUCGAGAUGUAGCCUGGGCCCCCUCCAUCGGCCUGCCCACCAGCACCAUCGCCAGCUGCUCCCAGGAUGGCCGAGUGUUCAUCUGGACCUGUGAGGAUACCUCAGGCAACAUGUGGUCACCUAAGUUGUUGCACAAGUUCAACGAUGUGGUAUGGCAUGUGAGCUGGUCCAUCACUGCCAACAUCCUCGCCGUCUCAGGCGGAGACAACAAGGUGACCCUAUGGAAGGAGUCACUUGACGGCCAGUGGGUGUGCAUCAGUGACGUCAACAAGGGCCAGGGCUCCGUGUCAGCUUCCGCCACCGAGAGCCAGCAGAACGAGCAGUGACAGCAGCUGGGAUGCGCAGCCCGGGACAGCCACUCACAGCUGGGAGAAGCAUGGCCCUGGGAGGUGGUCUCCUGGAACAGAAGCAGCGACAGCAACAGCUCUUCUGCCCGGCCUGACUCAGUACAGCUCACAGUGUGUAUCCACUUCAUGAAGAAGAGACUGAGUUGACUUCAGAUUGAUUCCUGUAAAAUAUUUGGUGGCAUUUGUAAUGUAACUUUGGGUUCAGGUAUUAUUCAGGGAAGUUGUUUCCAAAUAAAAUCCUACUACUCA